GCUCGUCAGUCCUUCCUACUCGUUCCUUUCUUCUCAGCCUACUGCCAAUCUAUUUUUACUAUUCCCCACUCUGGGUCCCACUCUCUCCCACUCACCUGAGGUUGGGGUACCGUCCCCUCCCAAAACAGGCGUAGCAGGAACUGAAGUGAUGCCAACCCUCUGGAAAUGUGGAGACUUUUAAUUUUAAGCACUUUCUGUCAAGAUCUUAGACCAAAGAGGAGAUAAUUCAGUUUUAAGUGUUUUUUCUGUCAUUUGGGUUGGUUUUUGUUAUUUUUUUUUUACCUGCCAUGGCAUGUGGAGUACCUGGGAAAUCCUUGACUAUGGAAGACCAAAGAUAAGUGCUCCAUCUGUGUGAGACUCUAAAUCCAGUGGGAAUCUAGAUGCUGUUCGGUGACGGACUCCAACCGUGACAUGGCUGCUGUGUAGAAACCUGCUCCAGCCAGCGAUGGUUAGGGAUCGUGUCGUCACCUGUCCACCCUCGGACUAGACGCCUGCAGGGUGCCGAGCGAAGUGAUCCCUUCAGAUCAGACGCUCUGUCGACGCUCUGUUCAUCAUAAACUCUCCCCCCCGCCCUCGUUCUGAAGAAAAACAAGAGCUUUGUGAAAACAUGGAAGAUCACAGAGAUUCUCGCCAUCUGCAGAGUCUGGCCUACCACCCCCGAUGGGACCACAACUUGAUAAAAGGGAAGAGAAAAAGAGAUGUAUGGACACCGGGUAGUUUUAGUCCCUCUGAAUCAUUAUCAGCAGCAUCAACGUUGUCAUUCAGGUCCUUGUUGUCAAAGCCGCGGUUGCCAUCGUCCUCCGAGCAGCGGAUCAGCAGCUGGAGGGGGAACUGUUUUUUUCUGUUUUUACUCAUGAUCUCAUUUUUACCCUGCCGAGCCUGGGCGACCACCUUCAAAGUAGCCCUGGUGGGACCCUGGACGUGUGACCUCUUGUACUCCAGAGCCCUCCCGGAUCUGGCAGCCCGGCUCGCCACCAGCCGCAUCAACAAAAACCCCUACCUCAACAAGGGCUACUGGUACGACUACACCCUGAUCAACGAGGACUGCAAGUCGUCCCGUGCCCUGGCCCGCUUCGCUGAUCUGGAGGGUUAUGGCUCUGCGUUUCUGGGCCCAGCCAACCCGGGCUACUGCUCCUCGGCCGCUAUGUACGCAAAGGAGUGGGACGUGGGGCUUCUCUCGUGGGGUUGCCUCAAGCCGCACAUGAGAGAGGGUGAGAUGUACUCCUCCUUCCUGAGGCCACUGCCGCUGUCCUCCAGCGUGCUCUUCACCGUGCUGCGGUUCUUUCGCUGGGCCCACGUGGCCAUCAUCUCGGAGGAGACGGAUGUGUGGGAGGCCACGGGGCUGGAGUUGGCGUCCUCCCUGAGGGCCCUCGGCCUGCCCGUCAACCCCGUGGUGACCAUGGAGACGGACAAGGACGGACCUCGCAGGGCUCUGACGAGAGUGAGGGAGGCGGACCGGGUCAGAGUCAUCAUCAUGUGCAUGCCUUCCGCCCUGAUCGGUGGAGAAGCCCAGUACCAGCUCCUGACGACGGCCUUAUCUCUGCGGAUGAUCGACCGGGGAUACGUGUUCAUCCCUUACGACACACUUCUGUACUCACUUCCCUACAAAGACGCGCCCUACUACCAGCUGGGAAACGACUCCAAGCUCCGGAGAGCCUACGACGGCGUCCUCACCAUCACCAUGGACUCUGGGGAGCGCAACUUCUACGAGGCCUUCAGAGAAGCUCAGAACAGCUACGAGAUACGCAGCAGCACCCCGCCGGAGAGGGUGUCUCCUUUCUUUGGCACCAUCUACAACAUGAUCUACUACAUCGCCAUGGCUGUUGAGCAAGCUCGUGCCAACGGAGGCCGCUGGGUAACCGGCAACGUCUUGAGCGAGAACGAAGGCGGCUUCAAAUUCGAAGGAUUUAAUCAGCCGCUGCAGGCCGGACGCGCCGGAGAAGGGAUGCAGGCCAACUUUGUGGUCUUGGACUACAGCGGCAUGGGGAACUUCCUCUACUCCACGCAUUCCCUGCACGCUGGUCACACCAACGGCAAGGCCGGCGGCCUGAAGUACCUCGGCCGGUCCAUCCACUUCGCAGGCAGCACUCCCUACAAAGACUCCACUUGCUGGUUCAGCCCGUACUUUGCCUGCAGUGGAGGCCUGGAUUCAGCCACUCUCUUCUUCCUCUUCCUGCUGUUCGCUGGUCUCGCUGGACUUGGAGCAAGCAUCGCAAUCCGCUUCAAGAGAGACGGCAGUGUUGGGUUCAGCUUUGGGGGCGGCAUGAACGGCGGGUCGGCGAAGGUCAUCCUCACCCUGGACGACCUGGUCUUCAUCAACACUCAAGUCAGCAAAAGGAAGCUUAACGACGACAGCAUCGUGAAAAGCCAGGUGGACCUGAAGACGCCUCAUCACUCCGUGUCUGGCCGCAGCUACUUGGCCUGCACGCCAGACAGUUCCAACGUAGCUGUAUUUGAGGGAGACUGGGUUUGGCUGAAGAAAUGUCCCGGAGCGGUGUCAGGUGUCAACGAUAGCGCCCAGAUGGUCUUCAUCAAGCUCCGAGAAAUGAGGCACGAGAACCUCAACCUGAUCCUGGGGCUGUUCUUCGACUCGGGGAUCUUCGGCGUCGUGACGGAGCACUGCACCAGGGGCAGCCUGGAGGAUCUGCUCGGGAACGAGGAGGUGCGACUGGACUGGAUGUUCAAGUCGUCCCUGUUGAUGGAUCUGAUCAGGGGAAUGAAGUACCUGCACCACCGCGACAUCAUCCACGGCCGGCUCAAGUCCCGUAACUGCGUGGUGGAUGGCCGCUUCGUGCUGAAGGUGACGGACUACGGUUUCAAUGAAAUCCUGAUAUCGCAGGACAUUGAAACGGAAGAGGAAAAGCCUGAAGACUCGCUGUGGACGGCUCCGGAGCUGCUGCGAAACCCCGGUUUGAGGAGGAAAGGCACUUUCUGCGGGGAUGUUUACAGUUUCGCCAUCAUUACGCAGGAGAUCAUCUGUCGCUCUGCGCCGUUCUGCAUGCUGGAUAUGCCUGCUAAAGAGAUUAUCAACAAAGUCAAGCAGCCCCCUCCUUUGUGUCGGCCUAUUCUGUCAAUGGAAGAGGCGCCGCUGGACAUUAUACAGUUAGUAAAACAGGCUUGGAGUGAAGAGCCAGAAAAGCGGCAAACAUUUGAGGAUAUCUUCAAACUGUUCAAGGGCAGCACCAAGGGAAAGAAGACCAACAUCAUCGACUCGAUGCUCCGGAUGCUGGAGCAGUACUCCUCCAACCUGGAGGACCUGAUCAGAGAGAGGACGGAGGAGCUGGAGGUGGAGAGGCAGAAGACUGACAAGCUUCUGUCCCAGAUGUUGCCCAUUUCUGUGGCCAAGGCGCUGAAGACGGGCAAACCUGUGGAGCCGGAGCAUUUCGCAAAGGUGACCCUGUACUUCAGUGACAUUGUGGGCUUCACCACCAUCUCCGCCCUCAGCGAGCCCAUCGAGGUGGUCAACUUACUCAAUGAUCUCUACUCACUCUUCGAUGCCAUCAUCCCAUUGCAUGACGUCUACAAGGUGGAGACUAUUGGCGAUGCCUACAUGGUGGCCUCGGGAGUUCCCACGCGGAACGGCAACCGGCAUGCAGCUGAAAUGGCCAACAUGUCCCUCGACAUCCUGCACUGCAUAGGGGCCUUCAGGACGAGGCACAUGCCUGACCUCAAAAUCAGGAUCCGCGUCGGCCUUCACACAGGCCCUGUCGUCGCAGGAGUAGUCGGCCUGACGAUGCCUCGAUACUGCCUGUUUGGAGACACUGUCAACACGGCAUCUCGCAUGGAGUCCACAUCCGUGCCUUACAGAAUCCACGUCAACCAGAGCACAGUUGACAUCCUGAACGAACUGAAGAUGGGAUACAAGAUUGACGAACGAGGCUUGACCGAGUUAAAGGGGAAAGGGAUUGAAAUGACUCACUGGCUGGUGGGGAAGGAUGACUUCAAAAAGUCUCUGCCAGCUCCUUCGGACCUGCAAGGGAAUAGUUUUGCAAUCGCGUUGGAAGAGAUUCCUCCUGACAGAAGACAGAAGUUCUUGGACCGACAGAAGAAAACUAACUAGCCUUUGGCGCGCUGCCGACGGCCAGAAAACGAGAGAUAAAAAUCUCUCACACACAGAUGAAUGUGUGAAAUAAGAAGCAACUGCACAUAUAAAUAAUUCAAGCUACACUCAAAACAAAAUCCAGAACUAGUGACGAGGUUUGUUUUCUUUUGUCAAAAUUCAGGUCCAGGCUAAUUUUUCAUCUUUCUGGCGGAUCGUAGUUUCCUUCCUAGUUUAUUCAUAGCUUGAUCACAGCAGUGCCACAAUAAACCCUGACUCUUCGAUGAAAGAUGGACCGAUGGCUGGCAACUGUGUAGACUGUGUUUGCACGUCAGUGAUUUUUAUAAAUAAAGGCAAGAUAUUGUACUUAUGCAGUCGCUUAACAAGAGGAGAUUAUGAUGGAUGUAUCUACCAAACAUGUCAUGUACUGUAUGUAACCACCAACCCACGGGUUUUACUUAUAUACUGGAGAACAUUUGAACAUCCAAAUGAUUGGAGCUAUUAAUGCUCAAUGUUUUAACUGAGUUAUGCUGGAAGUUAUUAUUUCAUAACAUGAAAAAAAUCACAGCGCAUCUGUAAUAUUAACCAGAACUAGACUAGUCAGCCAGGAUUUAGAGGUCAGGACAGCUUUGCUUUGCUUUUGUAGCCACAGGACUGUUUGCACAGGGUGGAUGAAGCCACAUUAUCCAGGGAUGUGUUGAGUGAAAUGUGGUCUGAUUCUUUGGGAAUUGAUUUAUAAAUCAGAAUAAUUAGUAGUUUGUUUGGUUAAUGGUUAAAUUCCAUUUGUUUUUUCAAAGCUUGAACAGAACAAAGCUUUUCAGCAUCUGCAAGUUGUGGCUAUUGAACAUAUCAGUUCAGCGUUUCUCUGUAACCAUGUUGAAAUGCAAACAUAUGGUGUUGUUUUUAAUGAUGCAUGUUUUGCUUUUAAGAUUGAAGACAUUUUCUACCAGAACAAAAAAAGACUUUAUAUGCAAACAAGUGAAAUGACAAAUGACUGCUGACAAACAACCGUGCAGCUCUGCAUAGGUCUCAUCCACGGUGCAUGCAGCCCAUUACUGAAACAUGCUGCACGCAUGGCUGGAUGCGCUCCGCUAGGCGCGGUCUUUGACCUUAUUCGAUGCAGUUCGUCUUUUCUGCACUGAUGCACAGAACGUCCGAGUCAAUUGACUGAGAUGAUCUUUUCCAAUAAUGUGCUUCGUCAGAUUGAGCCCUUUAAUUUGCAUCUUUGUGAGGGAAAUGUAUUUCCGUGUGUGCAACUGUGAACUUCUGCUCGGGCUCUCGAGGGGACAGCAUCCGAGGGGUCCUCUCGGAUUAGAGGGGGGGGGGUCCCAGUAACUUUACAUAGCACAAGCAUGCCAGGGGGGAGGGGCUGGGUCUUCUGAGUCACUUAUCUUUGGCUGGGAGAUGUGUAUAUACUGCAAAUGUGUAUAUAGUCGUUGCCCUGCAGGGUUAGGGACUUGUUAGUGUUUUGUUUUUUUUUCUGCUUGGGUUAUCAAAACCUCUGACACAAAUGGAGGUAUUAAGAAAAGACUGCACAUCCAGGGAGCUCGCGGCCAUGCGGCCGGCCUGCUGACGCCCUGAUGUGAGGGAUGAUGUCAGGAUGUGCUCUCUCUGAAAAGCUGUAGACGUUCUUUUGUUUCAUGGCAGCUUGCUGCUGAUCACUUUUAACCUACGCCGACUUGUUGCAGUAGCUCAGUUUAUAGAAACAAAAACCAAACAAACACAAACAAGAAAAGAUCAUCUGAUCCCUUGUGGUGUGUCACAUCUUUCCUUCAUCGAUGGGUACCUAAUGAGUAAUCCUAAUUUAAAGGCAAAACCAAACUUUUGUAGAUUUACAAUCAAUUUGCCAAACAGAUCAAAACUGAGUGGGCUGCGUUGUUUAUUUUGAAAGUGAUCUCAGUGUGUUUCUGUAAAUAAACUAUGGUUUUAGUGAAGACUGUGUUGUCGUAUAUUUGUCUCUUUUGCCCCAACGUUAAAUCUGUU